AUGACUUCUCUCACAUCGAUCUGCGCAAACUGGACUCCCAAAAACUCAGAAUGCAAGAAGGAAGGUGGGGCAACCUGCAAGGGAUGCUUCCUGAUUACUUACUGCAGUAAAACAUGUCAAGUGGCCCACUGGUCUGAGCAUCGGAAGGACUGUAAGUCCAUCCUGAACAAGGAAACAUGGCAGCCAGCGUGGGUUCUUGAAAGAAGAUUCCCUGUGCUCACGCAAGGCGGCCUUGAGAUGUUUGGAAGAAGGAAGUACCUUUGGGGCACCGAUGCUGCAAUCGACAUCUUGAAGCUGGCCUCCAAUGAAGGGGAAAGCAAUGCUGUCGACCUUCGUCUUUUGUUCGCUGCCUCAGGAGACCUCCGCAACGUCAUCAAAACCGUCGCUGACCUACCUUCCACCUAUACUGGUUCUCUGGAUAUUACAAUCAAUGACCGAGACGAAGAUGUCGUGAUCCGUAACGCGAUAUUACUCUUCGUUACGCUUGUUGUCGAUAAUCCCAAUGAAGCUAUCGACUGCAUCAUUCACCUCUGGUACUCAGCACUUGUGCGGGAAUCCGACAUUCGAGUCCUGUCGGAUCGAAUUCGGCCCCUCAUCCAGGAUGUCUGUAACACCAGGAUCGAUCAUGGGCCAUCGGUACCCCUUUCAAAAACCUGGAAAUUUGGGCCUUCCUCCCUGAGCAUAACCCUCGCACGCGCAGUCUGGUCUCGCCUCCUGUCCUAUUGCAACAUCCCAUCUGACUUGACAGCCGCGAGUGCUCAGAAGAUCCGCACAGAACAAGUUUUCGGUGCUUCAGAGAAGGACCUUCACGAGGAGCAUAUGAUCUUUCUUUCUCCACGCCAGCGGCUUGCAUACUAUAAAUUUCGACAAGACGGCCUUCUACUUCCAUUUGGCCACCCUCGCGACGAUUUUGUGCAGCCAAACCCGACGUUGUUCCAGUAUAAAGGAAUCUGGUCUCUCAUGGUUCGCGCGAAUCCGCUGCGUGGAUGGUCGCUCAAAGACGUUCUGGAGACACCCAGCGGGCCCGCCACGGCGGAUCUCUACGGCAAGCUGUUCUGCUACCUCCGGAAAACGCUGAACCUUUUUGUCGAGCGACUGUCCAGCACAAGGAUUGCCUUUCAAUUCCAUCAUACUACUGCGUCUUAUCUUGUAGAGGGCCUCGCUGAGGGUUCCUUUGACCGAAUUGAACUCUCGAAUCUUGCGGAUAACAACUACAUGGGCGCCUAUCAUACCCUCUCCACCAUGGUCCCCUUGCUUCGGACUCCGCAGCAGAAUCCACACGCCACUCUUAUCACUCUGUUCACAACCGCCAUCAGCGACGUCGCGACCCUCGAGGAGGGCAUCUCAUUGAUGUUCGCUGAUUCCGAGACCAAACAACUCUUUGACAGAUAUAGCCCGGGGACGGGACCACGGUCUACUUUUGAUGCCGCAUCCCUCAAAGAGGCCUCCGCUCUCCUGCUGUUCGCGCCAGUUGACAGACUCUUCGAUCGGUAUCUGAAGACAUUUGCUGUUAUGGAUGUGGCCAGCCGGGUCGGCGCGAUCAUUAAGGAACCACACAGCAUCGUCGCGAAAUGGCCUUACCGGAUGCGAUUGCGGCCUGAUCAGGAGGGCGCGCUGCAGGAGCUGGAGCUUUGUCUGCGGGAGAUCCGAUCGAGCAGGGAGCGGUACGUGGAGUGGAAGCGAUCGGUCUAG